CACACGGCUUCAAUUUCCUCGAGAUCAUCAACAUUAACGGACGAUAUCUUAAGCCAUCCAACCUAUUAGAGAAUACCAUUUAAUAAAAGAUAUUAAUUCACAGUGUGAAUUUCAUCUCGUAAAUAAUAUAAUAAUCAGUUAUAUGUUUGAAAGCGACUUGAUUGACAUGGCUAUUUUGAAAUUGUUAAUAAAUCUUGGCCUAAUAUUUAUUGCUAAAGCGAUUUUUCCUAUUGACAAAGCUUCAAACAAUGAUAUGGUUUCUGUUGACAAGGAUUCAAACAAUAAUUCGGCGAUUAAUUAUCGUUUACCAGACAAUGUAGUUCCGAUACAUUACAAUAUUAAGCUAAUGCCAUAUAUUGAGGAAAAUAAUUUUGUCUUUAUAGGAGAAUCCAAUAUUAAUAUCACAAUUCGUCACGUAACGCAAAACUUGAGUUUGCACACAUUGAAAUUGAUAAUAAACGAAGCAGUAAUAUCAUUGUUCGAUAACAAUGGUACUGUUUAUACAUUGGCAACACAUAAUUAUGACAAUAUAACACAAAUCUUAGUUCUUAAUUUUAAUGAUAAACUAUUACCUGGAAAUUAUACUUUGAAAAUGCGAUAUGUUGGUAUUCUACAUAAGGAUUUGAAAGGCUUUUUCAUCUCAUCUUAUAUCAAUGAGAAAGGAAAUAAUGUGUGGUUAGCUGCAACGUAUUUCGAACCGACUUAUGCGCGACGAGCGUUCCCAUGUUGGGACGAGCCGGCAUUAAAAGCUACUUUCGAUAUCUCCAUAAAACAUCAUCGAAAUUACACGGCUCUAUCAAAUAUGCCAAUACGAGAACAAUCGGAAGAUUAUGACGAAGACGGCAUGAUAUGGACGCACUUUGAUACGACUCCCAUCAUGUCUACCUAUCUCGUAGCGUUUGUAUUAGUGGCCGAUUAUGUUCGCGUUCCUACUAAGGAUGAAACCAUUAAUAUAUGGUGCAGAUCGAAAUUAGUGCCGGAUACCAAAUUUGCACAAGAAGUUGUUCAAAAAUCUAAAAGGCUAUUGACAGAAUAUACCAACAGCACCUAUAAGGUUCCAAAAAUGGAUCUCGUAGCACUUCCGGAAUAUAAAUCUAGUGCUAUGGAAAAUUGGGGGCUUAAUAUUUUUGCUGAAAGAUAUCUUGCAUACAACGAAAGUUUCGAUACAAUAUCUAUGAAAUUAUAUGUAGCGGUAGCAAUAAUACAUGAAAUAGCGCAUCAAUGGUUUGGUAAUAUAGUCACUCCAUUAUGGUGGUCUGAUGUAUGGUUAAAAGAGGGAUUUGCGUCAUUCUUCCAAGUAUAUAUUUUCAAUCAAAUUUUUGAAGAUUGGCGAAUAAUGGAAUUCUUCGUUAUUGAUAUUGAGCGAAAAAUUCUUUAUUCGGAUAUUGGUAUGUUUAUGAACCCAAUUACAUUAGAAGUCAAUAGACCCAUAGAAAUUGAAUCACUCUUUUCUUAUCCUAUUUACGGCAAGGCACCUGCUAUACUGCGCAUGUUACAACAUAUAAUUACCGAUGAGAUAUUUCAAAGUGGUCUUAUUAAAUAUUUACACACGCACCAGUUCAAUUCGACUACUUCCGAUGACUUAUGGAACGCUUUACAAGCAGUCCUAGAUAAAUCAGAUGUUCCGCAUAAUGCUUAUAGAUUGAAAGAGGUAAUGGAUACUUGGAUAAAACAAUCGGAUUUUCCUGUAGUACAUGUGACUCGAAACAGUGACAACAAUAAGCAAAUGGGAUAUUAUCGUGUCAAUUACGAUUCUUCAAAUUGGCAAAAAAUUGUGAAUUAUCUCAAAUCUGACAAUUAUACAAAAAUUCAUGCACUCAAUCGUGCUCAAAUAAUCGAUGAUGCCUAUAUUUUUUUGAUGAUGAGCCGUAAUGACAUCACAAUGUUUUUGAAUCUUAUUGACUAUCUAUCGCAGGAAACAGAUGUUAUACCAUGGCUUUCUAUGUUUAAAAUAUUAGGAAAUACACAAGAUAUAUACAAAGUUCCAGAAAAUGAUUUUCUCAAAUUAUAUAUACUUAAAAUUUUGGAUGGACUUAUUAAGAACAUAGGAUACGAAGAAGAUCCUGCCGAGGAUAAUCUUAAGAAACUUCAAAGAACCGAAGCUUUAAAAUGGGCAUGUACUUUGGGUCAUUCCGAAUGCAAAAGAAUGGCUACUGUUAAACUGAAUGAACAUUUCGCAGAUCCUAAAACAUACAAAGUCCCGCCAAAUUUAAAAGAAUGGGUGUAUUGUAAUGGCUUGAUGGAAGCAAAUGUUUUUACUUGGAAUAAGUUAUUCGAUAUAUAUAUAAAUGAAACGGAUGAAGAGGCUUUGAUGUACUUGGUAUGCUCUGAAAAUCCUGACAUUAUAAUUAAUUUGCUAAAAAUAUCUAUAUCGAACAAUUCAAUAAUACAAAUUGAAGAUUACUAUGUGAUUUAUUCUUUUAUUAUCGAGAAACAUGCUAAGAAUAAUGUAGUAAUCGAUUAUAUAUUAACAAAUUUGGAAAAAAUAAUCUCAAGAAAUGUAAAUAAUGCAUACCAUGUAAAUAAUAUAUAUUAUUUAAGUAGUGCAUUAAAUUAUAUAAUUGACAAUGUGUAUUCUAAAGGAAAACUUGACCAGCUUUGA